AUCGAAAGCAAAGGAACAAACAGGUAAAAUAUCGCUUUCAUAUUUGUGAUGUUAUUGCUAUACUUAUUUUCCCUCAUAAUUGUUGAUCAAAAACUCACCUCUGACAUCAUUCUUGGAAAAAAUACGUUUAUGCUCAAACAUAUCUUUGUUCAAAAGAUAUUGAUAGUUUUUAAUACCUGUAAACGUUCUAAAUUCCGUGGGGUUUAUGAUCGACGUUUUUUGCAUUACGAGCUCGCUUAAUAGAUUUCUAAACACUAGUGUAGUUGCGUUCUGAAAGCUAAUUUCUAUUUGAUGAUGCCCAGCAAGACAAUGAAAACUUCAUACUUGAAUUAUUCAGGUCAUAGAUUGCAACUCCUCCAAAACCACUUACUUGAACUACAAAUCUUCUCCACCAUCUCUAGAUAUUCUCUCGAUAUUUUGAAAGUGGUUAUCAGUGGAUUUCAUUAUCUUUGGACACAUCAGGAAAAAAAUCGUGGUACAUUUAACUAAUGAGUCUGAGAUAGGACCACAUUCUCAUUCUAAAUUCUAAUGUUAGCCGUUAUCCAAACUAUUUACUAUCUCUCAUCGUUCAUAUUAAACGAGUACUCUUUGUAGUCUUCAUUACUUAAGUUAUUCUCUAUUUUGAACUUUGCGUCAGAAUCAGUACCCACGGAACAUUUAACAACCUUUACAGUUUUUCUCAUGCUUGUCUUUGACUUGCUUACUGGCUCUGCUUUAAAUCUGUCGCUGUAAUUUCUUGUGGAAUCUGUUACACUAACUCAUUUACAUUCAUUAACUAACCAUAGAUAAACAGUCAUCCAUCAUAGAUUAUAAAAAGUUGUGCACUAUCAUGAAUUGGUUGAAGUCAGACAUUACACCAUUGUGUGACGGCUCAGUGGUCUAGAGGUUAGGUGUUCUCGUGUGAGACUUAUAGUCCUGUAUUUGGUUCCCUGCGAUUGGAUUGUGGAUCCUCGCUUUUCAUGAGUUCCAUUCUAAGAUUAAACAUGUGUUUAUUGCUUCCAGGUUUCCCGUAGUAGUCUAUCUAAACUCAGUUCGUAAUUCAAAUUAUGAACGCUCCCCCUGUCGUAAAAAUAGAUCAGAGUGACGAUUACCUUCGGAGUUCAUUUAUCUCUAGAUCUGUUUUCAACAUCUUUCAUGAAAUUAUUACUGAAUUGUAAUCAAAUCACAUAAAAUUUACGUUAACGAUAUAAAAAUUUGUGAUCAUGAUAUUUUUAAUGAUUUAUGGAAAAGUGAUCUAUUUCCUUAACUUUUUCAAAUUUGAUCAACUAUUCAGUUGUAUUUCUAAAUUGUUCUAAAUGAUCAUUUAUGUGAAGAUUUCGUUGUUGUUGUUGUAAAGAAACAACUUAUACAAUAUUAUUCAAAAUAAUGAAUUGAAAAUCUACUCAAAUUUUUCAAGUCGAUGAUACAUUUUUGUUACAUCUGGUUUAUUCAAUAGCGAAUUUUACAUCAAACGUCUUAGAUAUUUUAAUUCCAAUAUUCUAUUGUCUCGAUGUUUUAUGUUCUUAACGGCUUUAUUUAGUUAAGUGUACAUCUUAAAUGGUCUGUGGUGUGAUUUUUUCCCAUUUUUUUAAGCAGUUUUAUGAUACAUAAAAGGGACCUAGUUUUAACACAGUUUACUUUUCAAUUUGGAUUUAUGCCAUUUAGUUUUCAGCUAGUUUAAUAUAAUAUACGAGUACUAUAAUGACACAAUAGCUGACGUUCUCCAGGGUACAAUAUUCAGUUGAUUGAUGAAUAUUUUUACUGUGAGGUUACUUGUAUAUAGUUUUCAGACGUUUAACAAUAUAUCAUAGGAUAACUUUUAAGCUAAACAUUUAACCUAGUCAGUCAAUUAGGAGAAAAUAGCUCAUUUUGAUGUUCUCAUGUAAUUCCUGAUUAAGUUCUCUGUUAAUUCAUUAGUCGAACGCUCAGUUGGCAUAUUAUUUCAUCUUUUCCUUCAAAGACUAAGCCGAUUAAUUAAGAUAAUCAACUGUGAUUUUACUACUUGUGAUUAUUCUAAAUCAAGGAAAUUCUAUGAAUAUCAAUACCCAAUCUCAUCUGUUAUAGCUAAGUUGGGAAAUAUGGUCCCACUUCCAGAUUCCACUAGUUCUACAUGUUCCGAUUCUAUUGAGAGACGAUCUAGACAACCAACCAUUUCUGUAUUCGGACGUUUAACAAUGUCUCGUUCUGUCACUACCUCUGGAAACGUUACGACAAAUAAACCAAGACCUGCCCAUUCGUCUGCUAGUACUGUGCAUGUUCCCAAAAGACCUGAAUGCAUUCGAGAAUGCAAACGUAAUGGUAACUCUGUUAUGCUACCUGCUAUGUCUAAAUCCAUUUCUGGUGAUGUACUACAUCUGCGCAAUCAGAAGAAAUCAGUGCUCCCUUCAAAGCCCCUCUCACCACCCUCUUAUCCAACCAAAAUUCAGGAACCAGAAACAGCUAUUUCCAGUCUUCCCCCUUUACCUCAGUCUUCAUCCGAGUCAAAAAGUGUUGCUCAAGUAGCUGAAGAUAUCUCUAUUGCAACAGUGCCUUGCAACGACUCUGCUCCAUCUCCAUCUCAAGUUAAUACUGUGAAGAAUGAAACUUCGCCCAUUAUUCCACAAAUAGGCCCAAUUAAGGCUCAAACACAUAGUUCAGGUGAAGGUGCAGUUUUAUCUGAAAAUGAAGCUGAAAUCUAUCGCGCUAAACUUUUUGAACAACGUCGCUUGGCAAAACAGCGAAUGGAAGAAGAAAAAAGACGAUUGGAUGAGGAGAAUCGUAAUCGACAAAUCCAACAGGAGCAAGCUCGUUUAGCUGCUGAAGCUGAAGAAGCUCGUCUAAAAGAGGAACAGGCUGCUCGUCUAGCUGAAGAAGCUCAACGUGCAAAAGAAGCGGAAGAAGCCGCUAAGCUCCAAGCAGAAGAAUCAGAGCGCCUUGCGAAAUUGCAACGUAGUGAAGAAGAGAGAAUUUUACGCAAGAAAAAGCUGGACAGUAUAAUGUCUCGUAUCAAAAGACCAGUAAGUACAGUGAACUUAACACCUGGGACAACUAGUGAAUCUGAGUGUACAAUGAAUCUUCAAUCAACAGAUACCACACAGUCAUCUUUAGUACCUUAUACUAUUGCUUCGCCUGAUAAAAUUGUUAACCAAGAACCAACUAUAGAUGUUGAAGCACCUAAGAUGGAGAUCAACGCAUCAGAGAUUUAUGGAACUUCUAAUGGCAGACCUUCACUUGAUGAAGAAACUGUCAACCAGUCUUCUCUUUCAAACACAAUUAUUGAAAACGAUUUAAAAAGUAAUGUAAAUAACACUCUUGAAGAUCACGUUCCCAGUACUACUACUGCCAUCAAUGGAGAAGCGAGCAAUAAUAAGGAUACAUCAUUAAAUUAUCUGAAUGAUGGUGAUACAUCAUCUCUCCUGUAUCCAUCACAAGCAAUAAGAAAUUCAGAUUGUACAACGACAAAGAAUAAUUCUAAUGCCAGUCCUAGUACACCCCAGUUCAAAUCUGCAUUGCUACAAUCCAUGCUAGGCACGGGUCGUUUGUCAACACAUGCUAAAGAUGCCGUGUGUGGAUUAAGUGGUAUGCAGAAAUCUGGUAAUCCUGUUUACUUAUGGCCGGAAGGUUCUGAUCAUGAAGUUUCCAAACCUGAUUCGUCAUCUUCUGUUCCACAAAAUUGACGUUGAUACAUCAACUCACUGAAUUUUAUUGCGAUUAGAAAUACACAAGUUGGUGAAAAUUUUUAAUUCAAACGCUCACAUGCUUCCACCUAACUAAAUUGAUUCAUCUUACUGUGUAUUAUUCUGAGCUUUCCAAUUGAUUAAAUAACAAACAUUGAUUCCACCAAGUAGCUUUUGCUCUGUAAUUUCUCUCUCACACCCUCCGUCUAUCACUGCAUAUAUACAUAAACAUGAAAAUUUCUUCCAAAACUCAUUUGCACAGUUUUUGUCCCAGUUCCCUAUUUAACAUAUACAUUGAGAGUUGAAGACUGUGCACACCCCUGUGUGUAUUAAUUCCAUUUAUUUGUUAUUACUUAGUUAUGAUGAUGAUAAUGAUAAUAAUAAUAAAAUACCUCUUCAAGUUUUUUUUCAUCUCCAUUCUAGUUGUUAAUUCUGGUUAUAAAUUGUACAAUUUUAUGACUGAUUAAUUGAUUGAUUGUUAUUACAUAAUCAACAUUCGAUUUUGAUUU